AUGACAAUGGAGCUUUGUACAGCUACUACCCAAGCCAUCUCCAACCUUCCAAACCACCACAAGCUUCUGAUCACGAACCCUACCACCAACAUCACGUCCAAACCCUCACUCCCUCUCAGACAAACCUCACUCUCACGCAACUCUGUCAGGCUUCACUCUCGAUUGCUUUUGCGAAGAGCAACAACAUCAGAGGAAACACCAAGUGGGGGAAAUCCUUAUGCCGCUGAAGAGCGAGAUAGUGUGAUAUCAUUGGAAGAUGUUCCACCACCUGAAAAUAAUUUUUACAAUCGAACUUGGGCAGAAGAAACACCCAAAGAAGACUCAACUGUGGACGGCGUGGAUGGCCAAACGCAGAUAUCUGAGUUUUUCAAUAACCUUGACAUAAAGUUGGACAGUGAUGAUACAUAUGCCGUUCUACUUUAUGGUGGUGGUGCCUUGUUUGCCCUGUGGCUAGCAUCAGCUGUUGUUGGAGCUAUUGAUUCUAUACCAUUGUUCCCCAAGUUGCUGGAAGUUGUGGGUCUUGGAUACACAAUCUGGUUCAGCACUCGGUAUCUGAUAUUCAAGGAAAACAGGGAGGAGUUGUUUGCUAAAAUUCAGGUUCUUAAGCAGCAGGUUCUUGGGUCAGAUGAUGACUGA